AUGAAGAAAUCACAGUCAGACAAAGAGGACUUAACAAACAGGGCUGUUGUGUCUCUACAAACCCAGUGGACUGAGAUAUACAGAGAAGAGACGAUCACGCUGAGUUGUAAAAUUGUUGAUGGAGACGACAGCGAGUGGGAGUAUGAGUGGGGAACAACCAGCAGUGAUACUAUUCUGAAACACUCUGAACACUUCACUAUCAGUGUUACUGCUAACAACGAUGGAGACUACAAGUGUAGGGGAAAACUCAAAACUGAUCCUCAUUCCUCUACAGAGUGGAGCGCUCCAGUCACAGUGAGAGUGUCAGAACCACCAGAAGCUGAACUGAGAGCUGAUGUCAGAGAUAUUCCACUAGGGGGCGAUGCGACCCUGACCUGCUCUGUGAGCUCAUCAUCUGGUUGGAGCUAUCAAUAUUUAUACAGACGGGAUAAAUCUUCAAACUUUGUGGCACAAAAUGCAAACUUGUCUGGACAACUGCGUGUCUCAGAGGAGGGACUCUAUCAAUGCAGAGGACGGAGAGGAAAUCCACCCUACUACACAAAAUACAGUGAGGAAAUAAUGAUCAACAAAAAGAAUGCUAACGAGGCUGUUUUGACUCUUCACCCCAACUGGUCAGAGGUGUAUAGAGGAGAGACGAUCACUCUCAGAUGUGACAUAAAGGAUGGAGCAAACACUGAGUGGGAGUAUGAGUGGGAAACAACAAGCUCAGACAAACCGUCAAAGCAAAAAGAGUAUAGUAUCACAUCUGUUUAUGUAUCCCACACUGGAAACUACAGAUGUAGGGGCAGGAGAAAAAGUGACAGGUCUUCAACCAAAUGGAGCCGUCCCAUCUCAUUAACAGUUUUAUACAGUAAGCCUGUCCUGACUGUGUCUCAAUCAUGGCUGAGUCCUGGAGACUCAGUGACUCUGAGCUGUGAUGUUAAACAUCCAUCAGCAGGAUGGAGGUUCUUCUGGUAUAAAGCUAUUCCCAAACUACCAGGUGAUUCCUACAACUAUGAGCUGCUGUCUGAAAGCAGGAAUGGGACUGAGAAGCAUUCCUACAUUGUUCAUGGAGAGACGCACACAUCAGGAUAUGCAUGCAGAGCUGGACGAGGAGAUCCAGUGAAGUUCACUCAUUACAGUAAACCAAAGUUUGUCUGGUCUGGAGGUUCUUAUUUAGCAGCAUCUCUCACAGUGAGUCCUGACAGAGUUCAACACUUCAUCUCAGACUCAGUCUCACUGACCUGUGUGGGGAACUCUUCUCAGUGGAGAGUGAAGAUGUUUCAUAAAGACGGCAGCCUGAAGGAUUGCUCCCAGGAUAAAAUGACUGGAUCUACAUGCAUAAUUAAUCAAUACACAGAGAGAAAUCAUGUGUACUGGUGUGAGUCUGGAUCUGGAGAGUUCAGCAAUGCCAUCAAUACUACAAAACAGAAUGGUGAUAUUAUCCUGGUGACUCCUGUCCGUUCAGUGACUGAAGGAAGUCCUGUUAGUUUAAGUUGCAAAUUAAGAUACGCAGAAAAAGUUUCCAAUGUGUUCUUCUAUCAAAAUGACAAACUCAUCCAGAGUGACACCAGAAGAGAGCUGAAUAUUUCUGCUGUAUCAAAAUCAGACGAGGGUUUCUACAAGUGUCAGAUAUCAGGAAGAGAGUCAUCACAGAGUUGGAUGUCAGUUAAAGUGAUCAGACCAGUGAGCUCUUCAUUUCCUUUAAUUCCCAUGAAUGUUGGUCUGAUUUGUGGAGUAGUAAUUAUAAUUCUUCUGGCUCUAUUGUACCGUUACUGGCAGUCCAAAGCCUCCAGCUUAAAAAGGCCAGUCCAGUCUGAGAGCAACGACCAGGGACGUCAUGGACUUUACCAGAACGUGUCUCAACAUGAACACUACUCUACUCUUCUCCAUGCUGAUAGGUGUGUCUAUGAAACAAUCAGAAUCUCUGAAGACAGCACAGGAGAUGAUCAUAUAUACGAAUCAGUGGAAGGCUCUGAAGUCGCUCAGACUGGUACUUGCCUUAAUUUUCACAUGCACAGCAAAAGUUCUCAGAAUAGUGUAGUGUAUACUGUUUUCAUAUGA